CACGUAGUACGCACACACGUACGUACGUAACGCCGGUGGGGGGGGGGGGUAACAUUGGCGACGUAGCGUGCGUUGGGUUCCAGGCUGGAACGCAAAGAACGCGGUGACGUCAUAUUGUUUAUGCACGCUGCUGGGUGGAGGAGCGGCGGGGUUGAUGUCGGUUCUCGCUGGAGCCGCCCCUCGGGGCCCCGCCGGUGUUCUCCUGGGCUGAAUACGAGCUCCGACAGCGGGAUGAAGACAUUGUUCCAGGAGAUUAAAGCUUCCAUAAAGAAUAACUCUGACCAGGAUCGCUCGUUCUGGAGGCCGGUGCUCCCAUGGGGCGGCGUCUUCACCAUCAAAGCUGGCAGGAAGGCCGUGUCCUGUAUGCCGCUGUAUGUCGAGAUAACGCUCAAGAACACCUGCACUAUCGAUGGCUUCCUCAUGCUGCUGUACAUCAUCUUACGGGAGAAUAACUCCUUCCCCCGGGAGCUGUCGCACUACCUGGGCCGGGAGUUUGUGGAUUGUUUCCUUCACCUGAUGGACACCUACAGCUUCACCUCAGUCAAGUUACUGUGGAUAUGGGACAAGAUGGAGAAGCGGCAGUACAAGUCCGGGAUCCACAAGGCCACGCUCGAGAUUGACUUGUUCGGCAAUGAGCACGAGAACUUCACUAGAAAUCUGGAGCACCUGAUGGCCACCAUACAGGAGAGUUACUGUUCUAACUCCAGAUGCCCGCUCCGCGCCCAGGAGAGCCACAUGCAAACCAUAUUAAUAAACCCUCCCCAUGACAUACCACACGGAGACCUUAUUCAGAUGGCGGUGGAUGGGCUGUUCUGUUCUCGGAUCGAACUAUGUGAAGAGAUUGGGUGCGGCUGCCUGAGAGAAUUUUCCCAGAGAAUUUUCUGCCAUGGAGCGCCUCCAUUUGUUAUCCUAAACAUGGAACAGUGGAAAUCAGAAGACCUGGCUUAUGUGCCGUAUUACCUGGACCUAUGUGAUCAUAAGUAUCUCCUAGAAGGCGCCACUCUUUUUAACAAGGAGGAGCACCAUUACUCUGCAGCCUUCCAGAUCGACGGCUAUUGGAUGCACUACGACGGCCUUAGGAAUGUAAACUUAAUCCUUUUACACAAACCUCCGGAGCUGCUCCUCCUGUCAUCAUUGGUUUACAUACGUGCAGCAGAGAAAUGAGAAGGAACUUUGUUUUGUUUGUUUUUUUGUUUUGUUUUUUGGAUUUUUCUGAAGGAACAAUUUGGGAAAAGUGGAAAUUUUAGAAAAAAAAAUUACAUUUUUGUAAUUGAUAUAAAGUUUAAUCAUAAUGGUGCUAAAAAAAGAAUAAUAAUAAUACCGGCAGUAACACUGUUUGUAUCUUCUAUAAAAUAGAUGGGAGACUACAUGCUGCGGAGCCGAUUGUCCCUCCAUAGAUGUAUAUGGAGCAGGUAACGCUAAGAUUGACAGUAAUCGCUCACGGUGACUUGAAAGACAUUUCAUUUAUUUUUGAGAAUAUAACUUCUAUAUUUUAUACUAUAGAUAAGUGUCAGACUUGUUAAAAUGAGGUUUGGUUAUCAUUUUAAAAGGAAAAUGUUUAGGGGAUAAGAUAUAGAAAGCUGCAAUACCCCUUUAGGGGAUAAGAUGUAUGAUCGCAGGGGUCCCGCUGCUGGGGACCCCCGAGAUCUCGGUGCUGCCUCAUAGAUGGGGACAUGACAUCACGGCCCCUAGUAACAUCAUGCCACGCCCCCUCCAUGCAUGUCUAUGGGAGGGGGCGUGACUACGUCACGCCCCCUCCCAUAGACAUGAAUGGAGGGGGCAUAGCGUCACGUCCCCAUCUCGGAGGCAGUGGCCGGCACAGAAUGCCGGGGGCUGCACCGAAAUCACGGGGGUCCCCAACGAUCAUACAUCUUAUCCCCUAUCCUUUAGGGAUAAGAUGUAUAAAGCCGAAAUACCCCUUUUUAAGCAAAACAGGUUGGUUUUACAUUACAGUAGUGUUGUCAGGGCAGGAUGGGAGUUGUAGUUUUGCAUCAGCCAAAAAGCCACAGGUUGGGCAACGUUGAAUUAAAGCAAAUGUUCUUUACUGAACAUUAGUUAGUAUAUCCAUGUUAUUUGCAUACAAAGUCAAGGAUACUUUGCAAAAAGUUCACUGAACCAAAGUUCCUACUUAUAUUAUAGUCCAGAGCUGCAUUCACAAUUCUGCCAGCUUCAUAGUCAUAGCCAGUUCACAAAUCUGUAAGAAUGAAUUUAGCAGAGCUCAGCUAGGGUGAUAGCGGAGAGUCUAAGCUGGUUAACUGUAUCUAAUAAUAACCAGCAGAAUAGUGAGUGCAGCUCUGCAGUAUAGUACAGGAUAUAACUCAGGAUCAGUAAUGUAAUGAAUGUACAAAGUGACCCCACCAGCAGAAUAGUGAGUGCAGCUAUGGGGUAUAAUACAGGAUAUAACUCAGGAUCAGUACAGGAUAAGUAAUGUAAUGUAUGUACAUGGUGACUCCACCAGCAGAAUAGUGAGUACAGCUCUGGAGUAUAAUACAGGAUAUAAAUCAGGAUCAGUACAGGAUAAGUAAUGUAUGUACACAGCGACCUCACCAGCAGAAUAGUGAGUACAGCUCUGGAGUAUAAUACAGGAUAUAAAUCAGGAUCAGUACAGGAUAAGUAAUGUAUGUACACAGCGACCUCACCAGCAGAAUAGUGAGUGCAGCUCUGGGGUAUAAUACAGGAUAUAACUCAGGAUCAGUACAGGAUAAGUAAUGUAAUGUAUGUACACAGUGACUCCACCAGCAGAAUAGUGAGUACAGCUUUCUACAACUGCAAAAUUAAGGGGCCGGAGCAAAUGACGAGUUGCCUUUUUAAUCACCUAGUUUUAAUAGGUAUCCAUUAAGUAUGUGGGUAAUCCAGUCCCUACCUACUGUAAUAAUUAUGGCAGGUGACUUACUGUAUUAUGAAUUGUCCAAUACUGUGGCUGUAUUUGUGCAGUGUAAUGCGAAUAGUUUGUAUCCUAGUAUAGUCUGGAAUGCACAGUAGAGCAAUAUACUUGUUUUGUGCUUUUAUGUUACAUAGUUAUAAUUUACAUGUGCGGUCAGCUUUCUUCUGCCUUAAAGGGGUACUCCGCCCCUAGACAUUUUAUCCCCUAUCCAAAGGAUAGGGGAUAAGAUGUUUGAUCAUGGGGGUCCUGCUGCUGGGGACCUCCGCUAUCUCCCUGCUGCAUCCGGUUGCAGCGCCAAAGGCUCGUGACGUCACGUCCGCUCCCCCUCAAUGCAAGUUUAUGGAAGGGGGCGUGACUGCUGUCACGCCCCCUUUCAUAGACUUGCAUUGAGGGGGCAUGGCCGUGAUGUCACAAGUUUGGCAUAGCCGUGACGUCACGGGCCUCCGCAUCGCCAGUCAUCCGGCACGGAGUGAAGUUCUCUCCGUGCACCGGAUGUCUGGGGUGCAGCAGCCGAGAUCACAGGGAUCCCCAGCAGCGGGACCCCCGCGAUCAGACAUCUUACCUUUGGAUAGGGAUUGAGAUGUCAAGGGGCAGAGUACCCCUUUAAGCUUUUCAUAUUUCUGAUCACAUAAUUACCAUUUUAAAGGGGCAGUCCCACUAUUAGAAGUGAUGGCAUAUCACAUAGUUAUGUGGUCAGCCAUUAACGUGGGGAUUGGGGGGACCUCUGAGACCCACCUGAAUGUAAAGGCGCCCUUACAGCUUUUUUGUGCUGCACAGCGGCAUUUGCGUGGCUGUGGCGUCACGACAAAAUGUUCCAAACGCUGGGGCAGUUUUUUUUUAUUAUUAUUUUUUUUUUAAAUAAAUCAACUGGUGCCAAAAAGUUAAACAGAUUUGUAAAUUACUGCUAUUAAAAAUUCUUAAUCCUUCCUGUACUUAUAAGCGGCUGUAUAAUACAGUGAAGUUCUUUUCUUUUUGGAUUUAUUUUCUGUCACGAGCACAAUGCUCUCUUGCUGACACCUCUGUCCAUUUUAGGAACUGUCCAGAGCAGCAUAUGUUUGCUAUGGAGAUUUUAUC